AUGGAGGUGGCCCCGGAGGCGGCCGCCGUGGUGCGGCUGCGGCACUGCGGCGCCGCCAUCUUCUGCCGCCAGCCGCCGCCGCUCUGCCCCGCCUGCGGCCGCCCCCUGCGCGGCGCCGGCCUGGCCGCGGCCCCCGUGCGCCUCCCCUGCCCCUUCCGCCACGGGCACCGGCAGCGCCGAGCCCUCCUCCUGCGGCCCUCCGCCGGCACCUUCCUCGGAGGAUACGACGGGAAAUCUGAUCUUCACGUUGGAAUAACCAACACCAACGGAGUGGUGUAUAACUACAACGAAGAAGGCAUUCACAGAGAUGAAACUGGAUGGGAACAGUGUGUUAGUAUCCCACUAGUACAACCAGAUAUGUUUGAGCUUCUUCAGCAGUGGGAUAAGCUCCUAGAGGAUUUUUCUGUGGGAGAGGCCUGGCUUCCUCACAGGUAUGAAGAACAUGACCACAAUUGCUACACAUACGCACUAGCAUUCAUUAACAGUAUACUGACUGCACAAGGAAAGCAGCAAAUGAGUAAAAGUGAAUUUACAGAGAAAUUUGUGAUCCCACAGACAAAGAAUGCUUCUAAAUAUAUUACCCUGCAUCAGGAGCUAACUACUAAAGAUUUCUACAUUGUACCCCUUCCUGAUCGAGAAAACCAGUGUGGAAAUUGACAGGUUGUGACAUUAAAACACCUACAAAAUACAACAUGAAAAGGAAGCCUUAAGACUCCAAAUCUCAGGGUUUAAGAUAUAUGAACUGCUUGGUGUAUUUAAAAACACAACUUUAUGUAUGUUAACCUGCGUAUUAUGGAAGGAUCGUGAAACUAAAUUUGUGUAUUUUGAAUAAAAUAACAUGCACAUGAUGUACAUGCUACAGAAAAUUUCUAUGGAAACUGGAUAUGGAGAAAAUCCAUAUCUUGUUUUCCUUUUUACAUUCACUAUACACUGUGUUCUGCCAAGAGGCUUAAUAUCAGAAAUCGUAACUGCUGGGUAAUCAAGGGUUUUAACAAGUUAACUGUUGUAACUUAAGCUGUAUCAAACCAAACCAUCACUUUUCCUCAGCUGUCACAUUUGUUUACAGAUAGGCGAAAAAGGAAAUUAUACUUGCCUGCUGCUCAAGUCUAAAGUCCAUGACAACGCAAAGUCAUUUUCCUUUACUUCAAUUACUAAUAAAUAUAACAAGUAAAUCCA